UAAAUCGUCCGAAAAAUAUAAAAUCCCUUCAAAAUCCAAAAAUCCCUCCGCCAUUUGAAAAAGAUCAGCCCCAAAAUGCUCUCUCUCCUCGCCCAUCCCCGCCCUUUUUUCCAUCAAACCCAUCACAAGCCCAUAACCGUCCGUUCCUCAUCGAGCUUGCAUCAGGCCGAGAAGAAAUCUCCACCGUCGAUAGACACGCUCGGCGAUGUCGAUCCUCAACUCUACGUUUCCGUUUCGUUCCCUCCCAUCGCAGCAUCGAAGCGGGUGGUCUUGGUGAGGCACGGGCAGAGCACGUGGAACGAGGAGGGUCGGAUCCAGGGGAGCUCCGAUUAUUCGGUGCUCACGCAGAAAGGAGAAGCUCAGGCCGAGACGUCUCGGCAGAUGCUCCUGAGCGAUACCUUCCACGUCUGCUUCCACAGUCCCCUUAUUCGAUCUAAGAGAACGGCUGAGAUUAUAUGGGCCGAUCGUGAUGAGGAGAUGAUUCCAGAGUUCGACCUCAGGGAAAUCGACCUUUACUCGUUUCAAGGUCUAUUGAAGCACGAGGGGAAGGAGAAAUUUGGUGAGGCCUACCGCCAGUGGCAGAAAGACGCUGCAAAUUUCAACAUCGACGGCCAUUAUCCGGUGAGAGAGUUGUGGGCCCGUGCCAAGAACUGCUGGAAUAAAAUCCUAAAACAUGAAGGGAAGUGUGUGCUUGUAGUUGCUCAUAAUGCGGUGAAUCAAGCUCUUGUAGCUACUGCAAUUGGAUUGGGAACCAAGUAUUUCAGGAUUUUACUUCAGAGCAAUUGCGGUGUGAGCGUGCUGGAUUUUACCCCACGGCCUGAAGGUGGCUCUCCUUACAUCUGUCUUAACCGGUUAAAUCAGACCCCAAAUUCUCCUAUUGCUGCAGGGAGUUCUGGGGGUAGAAAAACCAGCAAGCGAAUCGUAUUGGCCUGUUAUGGAGUCACACAAAGCAAUUCUGAGGUUAACUUUCUUGAUUCAGGGGAUGGACCCAUGAACAUGCUUGGUGUUAUACAGUCCCAAAGGACUGCGGAGCUGCUCUUAGACAUAAAGGUGAGCUCUAUAGUUUGCAGCCCUCGAAUUGCCUCGCUUGAUACAGCCACAGCCAUCUCCAAGGUGCAAGAAGCCGCAGAUUGCUUGGGAGCAGAUUGUGUACCUCGCUAUGUGGAGAUAAAGCAAAUACAAGAUCUGGAAAUUGAAAACAUCCUUCUCGAAUCGAGGAAGGAUCCGACGGAAAUAUCAUAUGCUCCAAUGGGCUGGUUAAAUGGAUAUGAAGAUGGGGUGAUAAAAGGAGUAUGGGAUCAUGCAGCAAAAGCUUGGAACUCAUUGUUAGAUGAACUGUCUGAAAAAUCCGGGACGGAAACAAAUGUUGUAGUGGUUGCACAUCCUCUGGUUCAUAUUGCACUGAUUGGGCACUGUCUGAAUCUGACAAAAGAAUGGAUGGAUACUUUUCACCUUGAUUCUGGGAGCAUUACGGUCAUCGACUUCCCUGAUGACACUGGAAGAGGCAUCGUCCGAUGUGUGAAUUACACUGCCCAUUUGGGGAGGUGGUCUAUACCUGUUACAAGGUCAAUAUUGGAGGAUGAAGAGUUUUAGCUGUUCGAACCAGCACCGGAUAAAGUGAGUUUCUUUCCUUUGAGUUGGGAUAUACACGAGUAAAUGGAAAACUUGCUGGUUUAUGUAAAAUGUAGGCUCUGAUUCAGAACUCAGAAGUCUGAACUGAGUUGACUUGGCCGAUUUGGAAAUACAGGAUGUGAAUAUGCUGCCAUGUAUAAUUGCUACAAGUUCAUCGGUGUAUCUAAAAUCUGCAGGACAUUCAGUUAACCAAUAUGGUAGAUUUAGCAAUUUAUGAUGCUCUAAAUAUUAUAAUAAGAGAGCUUGUUUAUCA